CUUCGCUCCUUUUCUCCGUAUCCGUCCGCGUGGAUAGAACAAGUAACGCCUCCCAGGAAACUUGCACCUUCACUAUCCAGCGAAGAAUCCGAGCCGAUAGGAGCACCAAGAACAAGGCAAAGGAACCCCGAGGUCCUAGAGCUUCGUUGCUCCCCCAUAAGCUACCCCUUUCUGCCCUGCCUGGAGCUAACUGCCUAGGAGAUGAUUGCCAAGUUCACCUCCUGGGGUGCCUUUGUGUAGCCCGGCUCUCGGACCCCGGCUCUCGCGCCCUCUCACUAGCCAAGCUCUCCCGGAUCACUUGCUUACUAGAGCUCCCUCGAGCGCUCCGUGGCCGCCAGCCCUCCUGUGAGUCCUUACCUAGUGGAAUGAUACACAGACCAAGUUUUCUGAGACAGGAAGUAAGGAAUGUUUUCAGUAAGACUGAGUUGGAGGGGAGCCUGGCAUGCCCUUCCCGACCCACGGGACGCAGUGAGACCCUUGUGAAGGAAGACCGGUGAGAGAUGUCUUUCUAGGGAGAGCUCGAACUGUUUGUGUUUUGUAGCUGAGGAUGCGUGACCUCAGAACCUCUUCAGCUGGAUCACUGCAACAGUACUUUGGUGGAUGAUCCCUUCACUCAGACCUUGGAGAAUCAGAUGCUUUUUAAUGGCUGCAGACGCUGCUGGAUGAGCAGCCUGAGACUUUACAACUCUCAAUUCCUCAGGAGAUCAACAAUCUCUCCCCAUUACCUUCCACUGGGUCAGUGGUGGUGCUUUUUCCUUGCUGCCUCUUUACAAGAGAAGGGGAGAUAAGAUGCCACUUCCAUUUGGGCUGAAACUGAAACGUACUCGUCGAUAUACGGUGUCCAGCAAGAGCUGUUUGGUUGCCCGAAUCCAGCUGUUAGACAAUGAGUUUGUGGAGUUCACACUUUCUGUGGAGAGCACUGGUCAGGAAAGCCUGGAAGCUGUAGCCCAAAGACUCGAGCUUCGUGAGAUUACUUACUUCAGCCUGUGGUAUUACAACAAGCAAAAUCAGCGCCGAUGGGUAGAUUUGGACAAGCCUUUGAAAAAGCAGUUAGACAAGUAUGCAUUGGAACCUACUGUCUAUUUUGGGGUGGUGUUUUAUGUGCCCACAGUUUCCCAACUUCAACAGGAAAUUACCAGGUAUCAGUAUUAUCUGCAACUGAAGAAAGAUAUAUUGGAAGGAAAUAUUCCUUGCACAUUAGAACAGGCAAUUCAUCUUGCAGGCUUAGCUGUACAAGCUGAUUUUGGAGACUUUGAUCAGUAUGAAUCCCAGGACUUUCUACAAAGAUUUGCCUUGUUUCCUGUGGGAUGGUUACAGGAUGAAAAAGUAUUGGAAGAAGCAACACAAAAAGUGGCUUUGCUACACCAAAAAUACAGAGGGCUUACUCCACCUGAUGCUGAAAUGCUAUAUAUGCAAGAGGUAGAGAGGAUGGAUGGUUAUGGGGAAGAAAGCUAUCCUGCUAAGGAUAGCCAAGGAAGUGACAUUUGUAUUGGAGCCUGUCUUGAUGGCAUCUUUGUGAAACACAAAAAUGGAAGGCCUCCUGUUAUAUUUAGAUGGCAUGACAUUGCAAAUAUGUCACACAAUAAGUCCUUCUUUGCAUUAGAACUGGCAAAUAAAGAGGAGACCAUCCAAUUUCAAACUGAAGACAUGGAAACUGCAAAAUAUGUAUGGAGGCUGUGUGUUGCUAGACACAAGUUUUACAGACUAAACAAAUGCAACCUGCAAACUCAGACUCUUACAGUGAAUCCUGUUAGGAGAAGAUCUUCAACAAGGAUGUCUUUGCCUAAGCCACAACCAUAUGUGAUGCCUCCACCGCCUCAGUUACAUUACAAUGGACAUUAUACAGAACCAUAUACUUCUUCCCAAGAUAAUCUCUUUGUGAACAACCAGAAUGGAUAUUAUUGUCAUUCUCAGACAAGUCUCGAUAGAGCGCUUGACUACAAUGGAAGGAUCCGCAAUGGGAGCGUCUACAGUGCCCACAGCACAAACUCCUUAAAUAACCCCCAGCCCUUCUUGCAGCCCUCACCCAUGUCCUCCAACCCAAGCAUUACUGGAAGUGAUGUUAUGAGACCUGACUAUGUCCCAUCUCAUAGACACAGCGCCCUGAUCCCUCCAUCCUACCGCCCCACGCCAGACUACGAAACCGUGAUGAGGCAGCUCAACCGUGGAGUGGGCCAUGCGGACCGGCAGAGCCACUCCCUGAGAAAUCUCAACAUUGGCAAUUCAUAUGCUUACAGUAGGCCUGAUGCCUUGGUCUACAGUCAGCCUGAAAUCAGAGAGCGUGCUCAGUUUGCCUCUCCUCAGUCGGCGCACUACCCCUUCAAUCUCAAUUACAGCUUUCACAGUCAGUCUCCUUACCCCUAUCCUGCCGAGAGGCGGCCUGUGGUGGGAGCCGUCAGUGUGCCUGAGCUGACCAACGUACAGCUGCAGGCCCAGGAUUAUCCGGCGCCCAACAUCAUGAAAACCCAGGUGUAUAGACCGCCUCCUCCUUACCCUUACCCACGACCAGCCAACAGCACCCCGGAUCUGUCCCGGCACCUGUACAUCAGCAGCAGCAACCCAGAUCUCAUCACGAGGCGGGUGCACCACUCGGUGCAGACCUUCCAGGAGGACAGCCUCCCGGUGGCCCAUUCUCUGCAGGAGGUCAGCGAGCCCUUGACGUCGGCCCGGCACGCUCACUUACAGAAGAGGAAUAGCAUUGAGAUCGCGGGGCUGACCCACGGUUUUGAGGGAAUAAGGCUCAAAGAGAGGACUAUGUCUGCUUCUGCGGCUGAUGUGGCCAUGCCCCGAGUCCUAGCGGCCAGCUCGCAGCCAACCGUGUUCACAGACAGGACCAAGCAAGAAAAUGAAGAGCAGGAAAGUGUGAGAUAUGGUCACAAGAAGUCCCUUUCGGAUGCCACCAUGCUGAUCCAUAGCAGUGAAGAAGAAGAAGAAGAAGAGGAAGAUUUUGAGGAAGAAAGGAAAGCCAGCAGCCCGCUCCCAACUCCUGAUGAGGCCCCAGGCUACUCUGCCGAACCUUUGCUCGGGUACCCCUAUGGCUCUGCCCCCACUGGGCCCAACCCUUUGCAUAUUCUUGAACCAAAGUCACUCAUCCUAGAGACGGAGAAGCCAGUGAGAGCCAUCAGUCCAGUUCCCGGGAUGGCUGAAGCCCAGGUUCUGAGAAGAGAAGGGUUGUUGACUCCUUCCAUGUCAGAGUCUGACCUCACCACUUCGGGACGUUACAGAGUGAAAAGGGAUUCUCUUAAGAAGAGGCCUAUGCUGGACAUUCUUUCAGGAAAGAAGAAUGUUGUUGAGGGUCUUCCUCCAUUAGGGGGUAUGAAAAAGAAUCGAGCAGAUGCAAAAAAAUGUGGUCCUCUUAAACUAGCUGCUUUAAAUGGAUUAUCCUUAUCUAGAAUGCCCUUGCCUGAUGAAGGAAAGGAAGUGCCUACCAGAGCAACCAAUGAUGAGAGGUGUAAAAUUUUGGAACAACGAUUAGAACAGGGAAUGGUAUUCACAGAAUAUGAACGCAUUCUGAAAAAAAGACGGAUAGGUGGGGAAUGUGCGAUAGCACGACUCCCUGACAAUGCAGAGAGAAACAGAUUCCAAGAUGUGCUCCCCUAUGAUGAUACCAGAGUAGAAUUGGUCCCAACCAAAGAAAACAAUACUGGCUAUAUCAAUGCUUCACACAUUAAGGUCUCUGUUGGCGGCAUUGAAUGGGAUUAUAUUGCCACCCAAGGACCUUUGCAAAAUACAUGUCAGGAUUUUUGGCAGAUGGUGUGGGAACAAGGGAUUGCUAUCAUAGCAAUGGCCACAGCGGAAGAGGAGGGCGGUCGAGAGAAGAGCUUUAGGUACUGGCCGCGGCUUGGUUCGAGGCACAACACUGUGACUUAUGGGAGAUUUAAGAUCACCACGCGGUUCCGCACCGACUCUGGCUGCUACGCCACAACGGGCUUGAAAAUCAAACAUCUUCUUACUGGACAAGAAAGAACAAUUUGGCAUCUCCAGUACACUGACUGGCCCGAGCAUGGCUGUCCGGAGGAUCUCAAGGGGUUUUUGUCGUACCUGGAGGAGAUCCAGUCAGUCCGUCGCCAUACGAACAGCACAACUGAACCUAAAGGCCCCAACCCUCCUUUGCUGGUCCAUUGCAGUGCUGGAGUAGGAAGAACUGGAGUGGUUAUUUUGUCAGAGAUCAUGAUUGCCUGUUUGGAGCACAAUGAGAUGCUGGACAUCCCACGAGUGCUAGACAUGCUGAGGCAACAAAGAAUGAUGAUGGUGCAGACUCUCUGUCAGUACACUUUUGUCUAUGGUGUUCUUAUCCAGUUCCUGAGAAACUCAAGGCUCAUAUAACCUCCACCUAUUUCUCCUGGGACCCAAUAACCUAUAAGAGUUUACAAGGAAAAAAAGUGGGUUUAUUACGGUAAACCCAUUUGUUCUUGAGCUUUCUUCCUUCCCCCAGGUCUUCUUACACAAGGUAUAGGGUGCUAGGGUCAGCUCAUAGUGAUGCACUGUAUAGAGCCUUGAAAGUUAUAGGGCUGACUGAGGCAGAUUUUGGCUUGGAGGAAGUGGUGGAGAAUUGGGGACUUGUUAGGGUAACUGAGCUCAGCUCUGGCUAUGCUGAUUUGCGGUACUUGCACACAUUCUUGAGGUUAUGUUUUCUAUAUGAAAUAAUACUCUACCUUACAAAACUAUGCUGGGCAGUUCUGGCAAUCGUAAAAGCAAUGUAUAGAUUUCUAUCUCAAAACUACUUUUUGAUAAGAGAAUUUUAUUUUGUGACUAAAAAGUUUCUAGGGGUUCUUUAGUAAGAAAGCCAACUUUCUAUGGGACUUGUCCACAAUUACAACUGGUUUUUGGAUGCAUCAACUUUAUAAAUAUAUAUAAAUAUAUUUUUAAUGUCAAUAUCUUUUCAUCAUUGUCUUUGCUUAUUUUUUAUUCUUGAUAACUUAGAGUUGAAAUAUCAAAUGACAGACAUUUAAAGGUCUCAUUUAGGAGAUAGGAAACUUAUUUGUUUUCAGAAAACUAAUUUUUUUAUUUUCAACUUUGAAAUUUUCUGAAUUACAAUUGAAAAUGAAAAAAAUCUCAAUUAUUUUCAGGUUUGUUAAAGGAAGAGUUGGAACUGAAUGCAUAGUCACUUCAAAUAUUUAAGUAAUAGAGUCAACAGCAUUCAAUUUAUUUUCAGUGUUAUUCAUAACUUUAGGAUAACCCUUUGAUUUUUUUUACUAGUUGAAAUUUUAGUAGACAAAUAAGAUGGUUUUAAAGCACUUUUUAAAAAAUUAAAAAUCAAUACAUUUCAGUUCCUUCCAUGCAUUGCUUUUUGAAUUGAACCAUUAACAAUAGUAAUGAGGAUGAUGUUUUGAAAGAAAUAUUUUAUAGUUUGAAUGUAAGAAAUAAGGAUUUUGAGUAUGUAGGAUAAGAUAUGAGAAAGUGCAACAUGGUUAUGAGCAUGUUGGAAAGUUUUAUUUUCUUUUGUUGUUACAAAGAUACAGUAUUACUAAUUUGUUCUCCUAAACUUAUACCACCCUUGAGAGUACUGAGGGGUAAGGAGAAAUGCUUGAAAGACUGAUAGAAGAGAGGAUCUUUCUUGGAGGCAUUCAGAUUCUGGGACAAAUCAUAUCAUGUUCCUUGCCUUCUCUUCCUGCCCCACUUAAAUCAUUGUAAGAAAUACACAAAAUUUCACAAAAGGGCAACUUGAGGGAGGAAUGAAAUGGCAUAAGGGGAAAAAGUGAUUUCAUGCUUUAUGUUAAUGCUAGAGGGAAGACUAUGGGCUAGUUGUAAGCAUAAGAAACCCCACUUUUUUUUUUUUUUUUUUUUUUUGGAGUAUUCAUUUCUAUAUCCUUCUACCAACAUCCAUUCCAAAGUUGUCUCCUUAUGGCACCAACAUCCUAUCAAUUCUUCUAAGGCUGUUAUCAUUCUUUGGGCAUUAGUGAGUGGUUUUAAACUCCAUGGUAAAUCAGAGAUGCCGAUUUAUUUAUUAUUAAUCAAUAAAUGUGUGUCAUUAUCAACCAUGGUAGAAGAUUUACUUGGGACAGUUUUGUGGUGAUAUAUUUGCCAGUCUAAAUAUAACUUACAAGAGAUUUCUUAAGUAGUGAAAGCAAAAUUUAGAAGCUAUGAAUCAAAACAAUUUGGACAAGAGUCAACAACAACAAAAAAGUCCUGUCUAAAGGACAAUAGACCCAAUGAUGAUGUUCAGUAGUAGCUAGCUGCUUGAAAGAAUGGAAUUAUAUAAUAAUAAUGUCUAACUUUUACAUAAUGCUGUAAUGGUUACUACACGUGUUAUCUUUCAUGGCAAUUUUUCCUUUCUCCACAUAUAUUUGAAUUGUUGUGUUGAGUGAAUUUCUUGUAUAUGUUUUCAGUGGUGCUAACUUCCUUACUAUCCUUCUUCCUCCAGUUUGAAUCCAAUUUAAACCUUUUUGAAAGGAAUACCCUAUUGAUAAGAAGAUAUUACACUAUGAAAACUGAAUUAAAGGCUAUUAUAUGAGAUGUCCAUUUUCUUAUUUUGAUAAAUUGAUUACAAGUGAAUAAAUUAAGAAACUAAAGUGGUAUAUUUUAGCUUUAGUAACUUAACUAAAGUGACGCAUUAUUUUUAGUAGAUCGUAGAACCCAUGUAAUGCUUUUUGUGCCCUUUGAAUAUUUGAAUAUUUUGUAGUAGUUGUAAAGAGAAAUUAGUGGAAAAUAGUUAUACUAUGUAUUCUUCAAAUUUGUCUUUCAAACAAUAAUGUGAUUCCACAGAGGAUACAGCAAAACAACAGUUGUUUGUGGCCUUGCCAUGCUUGCUAACUAGCAAUUAAUUGUAUUACAACCUGUCAAAAUUACAUAAUGUUUGGUUAUUUUUUGGUUCUAAAUAAGAGAGUUAUAGCAGAUUUAUAUCAAAAUAUAUAAUUUCACAAAAAUAGGUGAAAAUGCAGUAUUUACCAGUGACAAUUAUUGUCAUUGCUGACGUUAUCCCUUAUUUUUUUUUUCCUGAUUAGGAGUGCUUUUAAAGAAAUAUUCUAGAGCAUAGUUUUAAAAAAAGAAAUGAACGUCUUAUUUUAGAAUAUCAUACAGAUAUUUAUGGGAAAAAUUGAUGAUAUUCUUUUGGAACAUCUACUGUGAAGCAUGAAAGUGAGCCCUAGAAUUUAGUUCUAAGUUCUUGUUUUGAUAGGAAUAAAUGAGAAAACCUGCUAGCACAGACUUCCAGAAAGCAAAGAGCACAUUGAGUAGUACCUUUCCUGUGCCUGCUAAAUUAUAGGGCACUGGGACUUUGAGAUUUUUUAACUGCAUAUUUCUUUUUAUUUGAGUUUAAAACUGGCCAAGUUUUCUUUCAACCUUUUAUUCAUAGGUUGAAGGGGGCUUAGUGUUUAUACCUUUAAGAAAAUUUAUAUGAAGAUGUGUUUUGAUUAAUUUAUUAAAAGUAGGCUACAUUUGGGACAAUUUGCAACAACAAAUGGAGUUCAGUUAUUUUCUUUUGCACAAACCUUUUUCUUUUAAAAGGUUAAUUUAGGGAAAGAUGUUUAUUGGGAAUAUAAAUUAGUUUGAGGAUUUAAUGUAAAUUAAAAAUUAAAAGUGAUUUUUGAUAUAAAGACUUAAAAAAAGAUCAGGUUAUAUGGUGUAAUUUGGAAGGUAAAAAGUUACCAAGAUAAGAAAUAUUAUAGUUUAGAUUGCAAUGAGUAUUCUUUAAGGCAUAUAUAUUCUUUAAGGCAUAUAUAUUCUUUAAGGCAUAUAACUCUCAACUUAUCAGAAUAUUAGAAUAUUGGGCAUUUCUUGAUUAAAUAUAUAUAUAGUGAUUUUUAAAAUUAAGUUUGAAGGGAUUUUAUGUUGCUGAUAAGAUUAAAUUAAAGUGCUGGAAAAUAUUAGAAAUAUAGUAUAUUACAGACAUCGGCAAAAGUUUACGAUGAUGGCUUAUUCCCUAAGAUGCUUAAAAUAAUGUUCAGUUCUUAAAAGUUCGGAGAAAUUCCUUAAAGUAUCCCAUAACUUUGGUGAACUAUUAGGAAUUCUACUACUUAAUAAGAAAUAAAUAGUGACCAUAGUUGCUUUUUUUUUUUAAUCUCAUUUUAGUUAAUGAACUCUAAACUCAGAUUAGUAUCAAGUAAGGAAUGUUUGCAUUAUAAUCUCUUAAAUGUAGUCUAUGCUACUAACAAAAUGUUCCAAACUUCUAAAGAAGCAUUCACAAGACAAACUAGACAUUAUUGAUGACUCUUCAUUAGCUUUAAUAAAUUAUUUGUUUUGUCAUGUAAAAUACUACAAAAAUGUGUAAGCUUUUGGUUAUAUUUAUUCCUGGCUGCAUCUAGUACCAUCCUUAUGUAGAAUUAAUUUAUGUUUAUACCAAAUUUAUACCCAUGGCAUAUUGAGAAAGUUUCAUUCUAUACAAAAGAAGCUCUAGCAUAGAUGAAUUACUAAGAAUAAGUGUGUAUGGGUACUACUGAAAGAGUAUGUGUGUGUGUGUGUGUGUGUGUGUGUGCAUGCGUGUGUGCGUGCGCGCGCGUGUGUGUGAAAUUCCCAGUAUAAAAACUCGGCAUGUGAUUGCAAAAUACCAUGCCCAUUUAAGAGCUGGUCCACAAUAAACCAAAACAAGAUUGAAGGAUUUUUAUAAUUACCUGGAUAGUUCAGAAAAGCAAUCUAAACAAUCUUUUUUUUUGCCUCAGUUAUCUGAAUUGAUUGCUGAGACUGGGACAGAUUUCAUGAUUAAAUGUACAACUUUUCUCUCUAAAGGCAUCGUUUAAGGGUGACUGACUUAGGUUUCAUGAGUCAGUAAUGCACAUAGGAAAAGUCAAAUCAUAUUACAUAUACAUUUUCCAACUUGUUCUUAUCCUGGAACUUUUUUGUUUCAGAUUUCACUUGAAAAAAAUCCAUUUGGCUGAGUAUUUGGAAUUCUUUUCAUUAUGGAUAUAAUUUUACAAUAAUGCUAUUUGUGAUAAUAGGAUUUGUCUUGUAAUGAUAAGACACUGUAAAUCUACAAAAUCAGAUGGCUUUAUUUUUGUUUCUUUGACUUUAUUUCUUAUGCCAGCAUUAUAUUGCUAGAGCUAUGUUGGAUUACUUCCAUAAAACAGACCUUGCUAGGCAAAAAUUGUUUUGUUAUAUGGUCUUCAGCAUCUAUAUGGUUAAUCCAUAGACCAUUGAGAAAAUAGCCAAUUACCUUCUUUGGUAGCCUGUUUCCAUAGUUUUUUAAAAAAUAUAUAUCAAAAAGAAUCAUUUUGAGAAACUUAAUAGCUAUUGGUAUAAUGCCUUUUCGACAGUGAUUUUAACAUUUGUCAAGAGAUCAGUUUCUUACAUUAAACUUGGGGACAGAUUAAAAAGGGGUCAUUUUUUUUUAAAAGGGGGCAUUAGAGUAGGAGGCUGAACUUUUGUUCUACUUGCUGGCUUUGCUACUAGCCAAUGAGAUGACCAUGAACAAGUCAUUUUAUUCCACAAACGUUUGUUUUUUUUUAAUUGAUCUUACUAUUAGUUUCCUUACUUGCACUAUUAGGGAACUGAAUUACAUUCUCCAUGAAUUCCUUUCUAACCUGAAUUCUAGUCUGAAUCCACGAAACUAAAAGUAUGGAUUGAAGGCUAUCCGAUUAACUCUUGUGGAUAUGCAACUGAUCUGACAGAGACUGGACCUUAAACUUUUCAUUUAGAAUUAGCAGUUUCUAUUCGGAAUUGUUAAAUUAUAAUUUGGGUCAUAUUUACCUCUGACAGAGCAGAUGUACUUGAACGGGCCUAAUUUUAUCUUAUGGAGACUGAGCUAUUUAUAGCAUACAACUAAUUUCUGGAGUGGUACAUUAACAUUUAGCAUCUUUAGAUUAUUCAUCAUGUCCAAGCCGUGAAGGAUACUAUUUCAGGUAAAGAUACAAUGUUAAAUUAUUAAAGAAUUAAAAACAAGUAUUUAGAUGUUGACUUGGAACAUAUAUCUCAUUAGGACGCUAUUACUGAAUAGUUAUGGGCACUAAUAUAAAUUUUUUGCACUGUCAAAUAAUUAAGUUGGCAUAUUUCCUCAAACUAAACAUGGGAAUUAGAGAGAACUUAACUAAAGGAAUAAAAUGUGGAACUUGGAACAUUUUUUUAAAUUGCUAGCACAGCCAGUGGGCUUUAACAUAGUACAUUUUUCAUGAUAUUGAACAAGUAGUUAUAGAUCUUGUUAAUGCUUAUCUUCAGUAUUUUUGGAAAUAAAUUUUCUUUGGUUAAUAACAUCCAACUUAAAAGUUCAAUAGCUCAGUGUUUGUCUUUGCAGGUAUAAACUGUUCAGUUUAUUAGUAUGCUUCAGAAUGUCUAACACAUUCAGAGAAGGAGAAAUUUUCCUUGCUAUAUUGGAGCAGUUUGCUUUUUGGAAGAUCAAUUUAAAACAUAUGAGUGUAUACUCAACCCUUGGCAGUGGUCAGGCAAUUUCGUUGCUUGUGUUCAUUCCCUUUGAUUCAGUGAUGUGAUUAAGAAACUUAGUUUUAAAAUGCUAUUAUAUAAUACUUAAAAAAAACAAAACAAAAAGAUAGUCUUCAUAUGGGGAGAAAAUAAUUUGGUGUGCAAAGUUAUUAAAUUCAAAUGAAAGAAAACAUCCCUAUAGCAGGUCAGAAAAUUAAUUUGUAUAUAUUCUGUUACAUAAUUUUUUAAAAAGGAAACCAUUCAAAUCCUACCAAAUAGUAUCCUUUGUGAAGCAAAGUUUUUUUUAAAUUUUCAGAGAGAAAAAAAGUUUUCACUGGUAAAUUUUGGAUUAUUUUCUAUAACUAUUACUACAAUUUGUUAAAUCUAAUGGAAACUUGAAAUUUGGAGAAAGUUGGUAGGAUGUACAGUGGCCGUAUUGCUUCCAGAUAGGCCAGUGCACCAGUUUUCUUUUUUCAAUGAUAGCACAAAUGAGUUGUCAAGUAUUAUUUUUUACUUUCAAAAAUAAUUCUGUAUGUUUCAUUGUUUGGUCAUUGAUACUGUAAAAAUGUAUAAUCAGAACAGCUUUAAUUCUAGUAAAACUGAAAUUGGUUUGUAAAACAAUUUGUAAAUUGCAUUUAUUUGAUGGGCAGAAAAGCUUGAAGGACUAAAUGUAAUAUAUGUGAAAUGAAUAUAUAAUAGUCUAUUUUUGCCAUGAAAAUAAAUAUUUGAAACAAUA